CUUCUUAAGAGUAUCUGUGCUUGUCAGUUGCGGUUCCUCAACCUUAGUCCCGCCCAGUCUGCGCAGCGUCAUUCUUCCUGUGGGUUCAUCAGGGUGGGCACUGCGUCCUUAAAUCAGCCCAAUUGGUUUGUCCCUCUAGAACCUAACUUCCCCAGCCAGUGUCUGUAAUUGUAAGUCAGCCCCUCACUGGAUGCUUUCUGCAAAGCUUCCCUAAAUACCCAAGAGAAGGCUUGUUGAGGAGCCUGGAGCCCUAGGAAACGGAGACCAGGAAGUAGAAUUGGAGAAGAAAUUGAGGGAAGGGACAAGAAGGUGCUGUUGAGACUGGCGAGACUCUCGGCAGUUAAGAGUGCUUACAACUCUUGCUGAGGACUGGAGUUCAGUUUCUAAGUCAAGUGGCUCGAAACUGCCCAUAACUGCAGUUCCAGAGGAUCAUCAAUGCCUUCUUCUGGUCUCCACCGGCAUCCAAACACAAACAGGGGUAUCAGGAGGUCAAGGCCAGCCAGGACUACGAAGGGGCUUCUUGGUCAGUCUGGAGCACACAUUGACCACAUAUUGAGAGUACAAACAAGAGAGAGCCACAAGAGCAGCUCCCAGUGUACAGCUCAAACUCCAUUAUCUUCUCCUUCAGUGUAGACCCAAAGCAACCUUCAUAACAACCAUACUUGGUCCCCAACAGUCUUAAACCUUUCCAUGAACUUUGAGACCACCUUGUGGACUAGAGACAAUCCAAUCUUCCAGAUCUCAAAGGAGGAAGAAGACAGGAGAGAUAAUUAGAAAAAAGAAGGCAAAUAUGUUAGGCUCACAGAGAGUCAUGGUAAGGAUACCUGUCCUCCAAUCUCCCAGCAUCUGUUGCCAGGAGGAGCCCAGUUCACAAGGACAUUCAUUCUGAAGCAAGAGUCAGCAGCAGGAGCUAUACUGUACUCUCAUCCCUGAGAUGCUGUGGGGGCUCUUGACCCUGCCUCUGUUGUAUUUGGGGUUACUUGCUCCAGUUUUGGUUGAUAUCAAGACAACAGUGGAGGAAGACAGUCUAUGCAGUCCAGUCCCUUGUGUGUUUGAGUUUUCCAAGGCCUCUCCCAGGAAUCCCAUGACUGUGGGCUACAGGCUUAAUGAAAACAUCAGCUUCCAUGUAGAUACCAGCCAGCCCGGAUUCCCCACAGGUGAUUUCUCCAUGAAAGAGGUGGAAGACUGCAUCCUGCUGAGCCGUGACAUGCUCAGAAGGGAGAACACGACCUACGUGCUCUAUGUAGAUCUAGAAGAUCAGAAAGGCACUGUCCUGAGAGAGGACGUCGGACUCUCCAUAUCAGACCUGACCCAAAAGCCAGAGCUUCACAUCCCAGAAUACAGUGUGGCUAGAGAGUCUAUAACUUUGACCUGUAUCAUCCAAGACACCUGCCAAGAGCCCAAAGCCCUUUUUCUGUCCUGGAAGGGGCCUGCCAUGUCUUCCAACCUGCGUGUCUCCAUCAAUCCCUCUUCAGAGCUGCCCAUUGCCCCGAAGCCUGAGGACCAGGACACCACCCUCAGAUGCUACUUAAAUCUAUCCCUAGAUAGCCUGAGCAGCAGGAAAGCGGUCAAGCUGCAACUGGUCUCACCUGCUAGGUUGCUCAACUACUCCUGUUUGCUGAAGAGGACACUAGCAUGUAGUUGCUCCUUCCAUGGGAUCCCCACACCUUUUGUACAGUGGUGGAUUGGAGGAACCCCUGUGAGGGUGAAUAGCAUAGAUUCCAUCCUGCACAUGACCUCCACCACACUGGAACCCUGGACCAACAGCACCAUCCACCUCAUGUGGGAACCAGAAAUCAUUAGGAGACUUCGUUGUGAGGGGAAGAACCAAUAUGGAGUCCAUGCUUCCAGAAUCUUCCUGAUACCAGAUAAAAGCUCCAUUGCCGGUGUCUUCCUGAGAGGGCUAAUCCAGGGCAUUGUGUAUGGGACCAUAGCAUCUUCUUUAUUCUUCUUCUUCCUUGUUGUACUAAUAAUGAAGAUGCUUAACUGGUGGGGGGAAAUUCAAGCUUGCAAGAACAGAGAGGUCCCAACCCUCAAGAAACCAGUUUCAGGAGGAGCCAAAACAGUUGAAAUCUGAAGCUGUGCAUGGACAGCCUCGGCUGGAGCACUCGGAAGACAGAGGCGGAAGGAUCAUGAGUUCCAGCUACACAGUGGGUUGGAGGCCAGCUUGGGCUACAUGAGAUCCUGUUUCAAUCAAUCAAUCAAUCAAUAAAUGGCAAGAUUCCAAGGAAA